AUGCCCUCGCCAAUCCGGACCACCGUCCUCAUCUCCGGCAACGGCUCCAACCUCCAAGCCCUCAUCGACAAAGUCUCCGCCGGCGCCCUCAACGCCCAACUCAUCCGCGUCCUCUCGAACCGCAAAGACGCCUACGGCCUCGAGCGCGCCCGGAAGGCCUCCAUCCCCACGGAAUACCAUAACCUUGUCAAGUACAAGAAGGCGCACCCGGCAACCCCCGAGGGCGUGCAGGCCGCGCGCGAGGAGUACGAUGCCGAGCUGGCGCGCCUGAUUCUGGCGGACGAGCCCGAGCUGGUCGUGUGUCUGGGGUUCAUGCAUAUCCUGUCGCCACAGUUCCUGGAGCCGCUGGAGAAGGCGGGUGUGCGCAUCAUUAAUCUGCAUCCGGCGCUGCCGGGGGCAUUUAACGGGGUGAAUGCGAUUGAGCGUGCUCAUGCCGCGUGGAUGGAGGGGAAGAUCGAUAAGACUGGGGUGAUGAUUCACGAUGUCAUUUCGGAGGUGGAUAUGGGCCAGCCCAUCCUGGUGCGGGAGAUCCCGUUCGUGAAGGGGCAGGAUGAGGAUCUGGAGGCGUUUAAGAAGCGUGUGCAUGAGACGGAAUGGGGGACGGUUGUUGAGGGCGUGGACAUGGUGCUCAAGGAGCUGGCUGCUCGGAAGCAAUGA